AUGGGUAGUUGUUUUAAUUCCAUUCAAACUGCAAUCCAUCAACGCGGGGAAAAUCCAACAACGAGUAACAACGAAUCGGCUCCGUUCAGUAACAUUUUGUUCUUUGUUAUCAUCGCCUUUUUCGACGGAUGCUCUCUUAGCAUUUCCGAAGAGAGGAUCAAACUGAUUCUGUUUGUUAUCGGUAUCAUUGUCCAAUUAGCAAGGGACAAUGUGGACAAGUCAUUGCCUGCUACUGAUCAUGUACUCAACUACCUGGGAAGAGCCAAAAACAAAAUUCCCAAAAUGAGCACGACAAGACACGUAGCUACCAACCACAAGACAAAGAAGGAAUAUACAUUCUUUAUGAACAAACCUUCCGAGUUUCUUACGCAUCUUAUGGCUGACCCUAUCAAGUGCCCACAAUUGAGUGCACUUCCAGAUUAUAAGGAAGACUCAAUCAACUGCUUGGAGCAAGGUGAAAAGUGGAGAACACAUUCUAUGUUUCAACACCCCAUGAUCACGCUCAACAAUCUUGAUAUCUGGGUUGGUAAUCUUGUUGCAUUCAAGAACUCUUUUGACAAAACGAUCUGGCUGUUGAUUAAGCAAUUUUAUCAAAAGAGAAACGCCGAUGGAGUCACGGCUAUCUAUGCAAGUGGCUACCAGGCUGCCCCCGUUUGGAGUUUUAGAGAAGUGCAAUUUGUAUUCAACAGUAAUGGUGACUUUGAUUACGACGUUUCUCCCCUCUUAUGUAUCGAUUCGCAGUUAUCAGAGUAUUCGAUGUCCAAAUUUGAAGGUCAGGUAGAUAAGAGCUCUCGUUUUGCCAUGUACCUGUAUUCUGAAUAUUUAUUUAUCCAAUUGUCUUCCGAGGAUAUUCAGGAUAAGCUUUGGAAUGAUACAUUAGCUGAUGUCAACAGGUUCAAGAGACGAAGAACAGACGGCUCCAUCAUGAAGGUAAUGAAUGUUCCUAUCACAUUCUUUACUGAUGAUACAUCAGGAAAUCUUUCAAAGCAGUAUAAUCUAUUUGACAGUUAUUGUAUGACACCUGCAGCCAUGUCUUUUGAUAAGAAUGGUGUCGAAAUGUAUUCGGCAAUACAUGAAAAUUACGUCUUGGUUGUAGCUCCUCUUGUUUUUAUUCAAGGCGAUCACUACCGUCAGUCGGAAUUGUCCAUGCACAGAGGCAAUGCUUCUAAUUUCUUCUGUCGUAAAUGUCUUAUUAAAAAGACUAAAAAUCCAAACCCCAAGUUACGAGUAAACGCAUCUGCCGCAACAAGGGAGCGUCAUGCAACUGCGCCAUUGAGGCUCAUCAAUCCUAUUCUCCACAAAUGUCCUACCAGAUUACGAUCUGACCUGGAGAAGGUGAGCAAGCUCGAUGCAACUGAUGAAGAUGGCAAGGAAGCUAUUAAGUCAUAUGAAGUCAGCUAUAGCAUAACCAAGAAUGGCAGUGAACAGCUUCUUCGCUUGGAAUCUUAUGAGCCCAUAUUGGAUACUCCAUUGGAAUUACUUCACACGUUACCUUUGGGUAUUGGUAAAUUCUUGGUGACAUUUUUAUGGAAGGACCUUCUGAACAAGCAGCAAAAGACAGCUUUACAAGAUUGCCUGGCAGAUUAUCGCAAAAACAGGGCUUACUCAAGAACAUUUCGAGCAAAGAUGGUGCAUAAUGGUUCCUUCGUCGGAAGGGACUAUAAAAUCUUAUGUCAACUUCCUCCUGUUGUUUUGCGAAGUUUUUUUGUUGUGGAGCCGGACAGCAUUUUGGACUGGACAAUCAAAUGUUCUGACACUUUUGGUCUGUUAUGUUCCUUGUUAUACAUGCGUUCAAUCAAGUUAAACGUCGAUACGGUUGCUAAAACAAUAAAAAUACUGGUGGAUGAAUUGACUUCACGUGUUAUAGACCUUGAUAACAGUUGCAUUCAAGACUCGAGAAUUGCCUCCCCUUUGAUAUCUUUGCAACCAAAAUUACAUUUGCUUCAUCAUCUGCCAUUUGAUAUUCGUCGUUUUGGAUUACCUGUUCAUUAUGAAACCGAGCACGGCGAACAAUUCAACAAGUUUAUUCGUGAGGCCAUUUUACUGACAAAUAGACAUCAGUCUGAACGGGAUGUUGCCUUGAAGUUUGCCAAACAGUUUAUGAUCCGUUUUCUGUUUAAUGGUGGUACUUUCCUUGUUGAAGAAGCAGAUGGGUCUUUUACUAGAUGCCGUGUUGGUCCUGAAAUUGCUAGAUUCAGAACUGCAUAUCCAAAAUUCGAAGAAUUAUUGCUCACUGUUCGUGAAAACUCUGAUAACAACGAAUACGUCAAUGCUCGUUCUGUGUCUCUCAAGGAUGGUAGGACUUUCCAAAAUUCCGAAGGAAAACUUCAAUUAGCUAAGUAUCUUUUAGCUUAUGAAUGUAUAGAAUCCGAUGAUGUUAGUGAUAAUUUUUUGCGUUCAUUUGCUAGAUAUGCGUCGUCCAAGUUCCCUUUGUGGCUGACAACCGUCGAUACCAGCCCUGUGGUACGCCCUGUAUCUCACAUAUUCGACGGCCAGUACUCACUUAUCGAGUUGAUGGAUCUUGAUACUUUUGCUGACAUCAAUAAAACCUACAGAAUUAUGAAUGUGCACAAAUACGGCUCAUUCUAUUUGAUGUUAAAGCAUUAUCAGGCUACUUUUCCCCAAGCCAAUAGUAGCUCUUAUAUACAGUCGGAGUAUCGGCAAAACUUUAAAUCUGCUCAAAAGUCUUUGGGUGUGAUUAACAUCAAUCGAAAAUUCGGUUGUUACAACGCUGGUUCCGAUUUGACCGAUUGUGCUUUAGCCGAUUAUCGACUUCGCCAUAAUACUGAUGUUAGCUCUCACAACAGAUUUGGUGUUGUUCAUAAAGGUCACUACUCUCCCUGGUUAAGCCAGUCAAUUAAUGUGUUGCGUAGACAGCUGGAUUUGCCACCAUUGUUAAAUUACCACACGGCCUUUGGUAAUUUAUCUGACCUUGCCCCUUCUGGUCAAACGUUUGGCAUUGUUCCUUUAGAUCCUAAAUCUUUAACAGAUUUUAGUAUGAGAGGAAAUGUACAGUCUGAUACGGCUUUAUUCGCUCUAAAUCAUGAAAGUGAUAUUUCGUUGCCACCAAUUAAGCUGAUUAAACUGUACAAGAACCAGUAUGAAUGUCUUGCAAUCCUACAAUGCACUUUGUAUGCUAUCGUCCCAGUGCAUACAAAAAAGGAGAUGCAAUUGUUUCAUGAAAUUAUUCGUCAAAAUCCAAAGAUGGGCCUCAGCAAACAUCAAGACUGGAUAAAGUUUGCUCAAAUGUGGUCUCCUUUUGCGAAUGGUGUUGAUGUCUUCUACAACAUAAUUAAGAACAAUAACUUAGUUGCAAAGGCCCGAGAGCUCGUACAAGUAUCUAAUUCGGAAUCUCAGCCUUUAAAUAUUCCUGAUCCUGUUCCUUUGGAUAAUCUUUAUAAUUUACAAUCAAACAUUGCGCAACCAUUAAUCCACGAAACUCAAACGGUGUCUUCGGUGUCUAUUGUUCCCCCUGUUAAUUUGUAUAACUACCCCAUAACUGCCCCACCAACUGUAGUUUACAAUAAUACAAACAGUAUACAAUGGUCUAAUCCAACUCCGCCCUUGAGGUAUUACCAUCCGGAACAAUAUUUUUCUGGUUAUGUUAAUCAGACUGGUUACGUUAAUCAUAUGCAGCCUAAUCCACUACCCUGUUACAAUUCUGGUAAUGGCGCUGUGUUUCCUAUUGAUAAUACGGUGUUAGUUAAUAGCAGCAAAAGAACUUAUGCUAAUAAUAACACUGCUAUCAGUACACCGAAGACAGUUUUUUUUGCAGUUGAUUUGGAAUCAAGCAAUAGCAGUACUUGGUCAACUCAAAGAUUUGAUUAUCUUGCUCCGAGAACCCCAAGAAAAAAAUAUACAUAAAC